UUUUUAAAUGUCUUAUAUGUACCAGAAAAAAGUGUUAACAUGAAUUCUCAACUUCCUAGGAGGAUAUACUACUAAAUGCUAAUGCUAAACACUAACAACCUCCCCAGCAGAGACUGCCUUUAUCUCUUGGAGUAAACACCCCAAUGAUGCUUUGCCAUGUGAGGAAGUUAUUAACUCUCAAAAGAGCUAAUUGUUAGCCUGAAGCAGACGGCAAUCUUCAUCUGGAGUUUGAACGUAUGUCAUCCCACACACUUCAGUAAAUUGUUCUUCAGUAUGUUCAGUAUGAAUAGUAGCGAUGACUGUGGGAGUCUGAGCUGGGAACUAAUACGGGUCUUAGCUCCCAUUCUGGAUGUAAUAAUCAUGCUGAUCGGGCUGGUGGGACACUCGCUGGUCAUCUACGUCCUGACCGGACGGAAGAGGAAGAAUGGACUCCAGUCUCUUCAAGGGACAGAUAUGUUACUUUUAGUCUUGAGUGCUUCGGAUCUACUGCUGCUCAUUUGCCUGCCCUUCCACACUGCCGCUAUAGCACUAGGCUACUGGCCCUUCAGCAGCAUCCUAUGCAAAAUCAUCAGUUUCCUGGGAGUGGCCGGUAACUCGGCAAGCGUAUUCACUCUAGCUGCAUUAGCGGUAACGCGCUACCUGAUUGUGGUGUACCCCAAUUGGACGUAUCGUUUCCGAAUGUGCCGCUGGCUGCGGGUAACUGUGAUUCUCAUUUGGGUGCUGGCCGUGGCUCUUGCAGCACCUCAGUUUGCUUUCCGCCAAUUGAGGACUGCGCCCAUCCUCUGCUUUGCGUUUCUAUCAGACCUCAGCCAGUUGGUCUACAGUACCAUCCUGUUCCUGUUCAGCUUUGCUUUCCCUCUGAUCAUCAUCGUUGUCAUGUACACUAAACUUUACGGCUUCCUGCGAAGGACGCGACUGCAAUGUACCGCGCCGCAACUGGAGCGCUACCAGAAUCAGGUGACCAAGACGUCGAUCCUGUUGGUGUUAUUCUUCACCAUCUGCUGGCUGCCAUCCUAUGUCCUCAUGUUCUUGCUCAUCGCUACCAAUAAUAGCAAUAUUCACACACAAACUCUCAACUUCGCCAUUAUUGCCCGGCUGUUAGCGAGCUCCUCGGCUGUAGCCAAUCCACUACUAUAUGCUUUCAUGUCAAACAAAUUUCGCCGAGAGCUGCUGACAUUGGGACGGGUGUGCUGCAAAGGUAACAGGUGUGUUAUGUGUCCAGGAAGCGCCAUAGUGGAGCCCUUUAACCCUGUGGAGCUGGACACCCCUCCCCAACCAUGAGGAUAAAUUCCUGAUCCAUGCAGAAACA